AUGGAAGAUGACAACCCUUUCGCCAUAUUCACCACCAAAUCCGAAAGAUUGGAGCUUUUUCGCCAUAUCAUCAACGCUGAAUCUCCCCUUACCUCUGAUGAUACGGAUCGAGUUCUAGCCACAAUCAAGCACCAUGCAAGCCUUCUUGAAGGUCUCUCAGAUAGGGAAAUCAGACAAAUUCAAGCUCUUGCUCGGUUCAUAUCAGUGGAGCCGUGGACUUUUCCGACCGAAUCAACUAAGCCCCCACAGCCACAAUCCGAGUUUGUUCAUGCCUCAUCUCCUGAAACCAUGGUAGUAUCCUCACCUUUAGAUGAGUUUGUUUCUGCUUCUAGAAAAUUGAAUUUCAACAUUAAUUUGCCAAAUCAGUGUGUGUCUACCUCCAGUGAUAUGUGUGCCCCUCUCUUUCCCGAUGAUCCAUAUAAUGCUUCGUCUAAUUUGCCUGAUAAUCUUGUUUCAUUGUCUGAUUUUGUGCGUAAUGUGACCACACCCUUCUCAAUUCGAAAUAUUACCCAGUUUGUGUCUCCCAUGACUUGUGCUGCUUUUUCUAUUCCCAUUACCAUUCCUGUUCCGUCUCCAAAACCAGUAGAGGCCCCCAUUCCAGUAUCCACAGCCCAUGACACUGUUCCAAUCAUAUCUGUGCCCGUGAGCAAAUCUUCCCGAAAAGGGAAAGAAAAACUUACUGUUUCAGGUACAGCCGGGAAAAGAAAAAUUGGAGCAUUGGAGGAUGUUACCUGCCUGUCUGAUUCCAAGCAAUCAAAGAGAGAGCCCACAUUGCCACCCAGAAUGACAAGAUCUCGAUCAGUUUCAGUCCCAGUACCAGGUCCUGCUCCUACACCAGCUACUGCUUCUGGUCUUUCUGGCUCAAAAAAGAAACAACCCAAGAAGACAUAUCAUCCUGUUUUACUGUCACAAGAGUUGAUGCACGACUGGAGAGUUCAUGCUACGCGAGAGUUUAUUUUGGAAAAAUCCAUCAAUGUGGAGGAGUUGACAGAAAAAUGCAACAUUGUUCCUAUUUUGCGUGAUCAGUUUCUGCUUGCAUCACUUGUACAUAUUGGCCCAUAUUCCAGAUGGCUCACUGCCGAGUUCUACACCAACUUAACCUUGGAUACUUUCUCGGAGGGAUCACCGCGAUUUCAACAAGUCUUCAUUCGGGACAAAUGGUAUCCCCUAAGUCCGGCCGUGAUUAAUUCCUAUUUGGGUACUCCAAAUCAUCAAGCUGCUCCUGAUCCAAGUCCAAAUCUGCUAGCCGCUGCUUUAACUCACAACAAAAUUGUCACGUGGCCUAACACCGGACUUGAAAGCCUAAAGCUCACCACGGUCUACUCAGUUCUUCUCCGAAUUGCCUCAGCUAAUUGGAUGCCUGCUGUUCGUCAUCAUCUUGUGUCUGACCAGCUUGCUGCCCUUCUCUACAAGAUCAGGAAUCGCCUUCCUAUCAAUCUAGGAGAAACCAUCUUUGGCCACCUUGCGCUUUUUGUGCGUCAUAGGGAACCCAAGGUACAUCUACCGUUUCCUAGUCUCAUUUUUGGACUUCUACAGGAACACGGGUUCAAGCCCUACACAGAUGAAGUAGUGAUUGCUAAUGACUCAAUCUACAAGUAUGAUGACCGUUUGACGAACAAGGAUCACUAUGAUGAUAGAGCUACACUCGUGAUCAUUCCAAAUGUACCGUCUGCCACACCUCCGGUGUCUGCCCCUGCCUCAUCUGCUGACACUGGUUCUGCGCCUGUUCCACGUCCAUCUGCAGUGAUCAAGGAACCUCAGACGCUCAUGGAUCGACGUCAAAUUGUCCUCACUCUUCAAGCAUCAAUAGCUCAGAUUCGCACAUCGGUUGCAUCUCAACAAAUUACCAUUGAUGGCUUAGAAAAAUUGUUGGGUGCUGAGUUGGAAGAAAUUGCCCGAAUGGAGGCCAUAUAUGCUCGUCUUCGAUCUACUACAUCCACUGCUGGCGCUGACACUGGGUCUGUUUCUGAGAGUGAUGAAUCUGAAUCGGGUACCCCGUCUGCAAGUUAA